CUGUUCUAAGGAUUUGUGGGAUUGAUUGAAUUUUGGCAUUUGAUUCUUGUUGUUGCUGUUUGGGAUGAAGGUGUGGGGGACUUGGCAGUGCCCGGAAGCUAACAAUGAAGGAUGCCCUAGACUAUCUGAGGGCAGCGAAGAAAAUAUUUCUAGAUAGAAGGGAGAAAUACGAUGAGCUUCUCCAACUCAUGAAAGAUUUCAAGGCCCAAAGGAUCAGCGCCACUUCUGUUGUAUGGGGGGUAAAAGUUUUAUUAAAAGACUACCCAAAACUCAUCUUGGGUUUCAAUACCUUCUUGCCUAAAGGAUACGAGAUUACCCUCGACGAUGAGACUCUGACAGAAAAGAUCGCGAUAACUUUUGUCGACCGAGACAAGACUCGGUUCCAGCAUGAUGAGCAAGUUUACAUAUCAUUCUUAGAAAUUCUAAGUAUGCACGGAAUUGAGCGCAUCUCCAUAAGUGAUGUCUACGAAAAGGUAGCCUUGCUUUUUAAGGAACAUCAAGAUUUGCUAGAGGAUUUUGCAAGCAUCCUACCUGAAGCUGCUGGGGUGGAUCCUAUGCAGCAUGCUCUGGUCAGAAGAAAUUCAUCUGGAAAUUCAAUACCUCAUACAUGUCAACUUUUGCAUUCUAAGCACUAAUUUUUGUUGAAAACCAUGGAGAGUAUUUGCUAUUGGUCUUUUAUAGUAGAGAGUGAAUGAGCUUGACCAAAUGUUUCUUUUCUGUUUGUAAGAAUCUUUUCAUGAUCACUUUUUUGGAAAAGCGGAUCCUUUCAUGAUCAUGGACCUUCAAUGCUUUAUGCUAUUUGCUUUGAAAGCAAUUAUCCACAUGCUCACCAGCCUCCGCCAGCCCCAUAUACUUGACUUGAUGUCAUUCAUUCUUUCUCCUGUAUGCAUUCCAGCAUUGAAUUUCUUUGCCAAUGGGCACAACUAAAAUUUAGAGUGAACAUUCUGUUACAGUUUCUGUUAUAGGGUGGUGCCUCAAUGGUUUUGUAUACAAUUCCUCAAUCGAUUGAAAUAUGGGCCUGUAACAGUUUCGAUUCAUGGGCUGUUACAGUGAACAAUUUUCAUGUCUCAGGUUAAUGAUGUUUACCGAUUUCUUGAGUGUUGAAGCUUGAAAGUGGCACCAUAUGUUUAAAAUGCUGAUUUUUCUGUAAUAUCGGUCAUUUACUGCUGUUUAUGUACUAACACUGCCUUCUCUUAUACAGAAUUAUUGUUUUUUCUACCUCUUCUCUGAGGACAGCUAUAAAACAUGUGGACCUAGGAGGUACGGAGAUCUUACUGAUGUCCCUCGAUUGUUCAUUGUCCGGUACAAAAGAAAUUCUACAAGGGAUGAUGCAAAGGUCAAGAAAAAUCCCAAAACCAUCUGGUUUUCAUUUCAAGAGGAGGAUCUCAAUCUUGCAUUCCAGCUUGUAACCAAAAACAUGUUCUUUGCACUGAAAAUAACAAGCUUUAUAACUUGUAGGUGAAUAAGUAUGCCUUUUUUGGUGGACAAGAUUCUAUUGAGAACCACAGAAAAUAUGGAGCAAAUCUAGAGAUGGUUUGGAAGUGAGGAAGACAAUCGAGGCACUGGAUCAGUUGAGGGGCCUGCCGAGGAGAGGCGAUAUUGAGGUUGGGGAGAUUCCGAGUUUGGUGGAUCUCGGGCUCCGCCCAACUACGACGAUGUCUCAGGGUCACAUUCACUUCUACAGUUGAACAUUGCAGUGUGGCUACUGUUAUUGGCCAUUGCAUAUGCGUCAAACUAAUGCGUAGUCUACCUUCUCGUUACAAGGUAUGUUGCUUAUUGCUUCACUUUUGGUAAGCUAAGGUUGAAGAAGGAACUGGAUAUGUUGUAGUUUUUUGUAGUUCUAUUGAGAAACUAAUUGGGUCAAGAUGACACUGCUAUCGGUUAUUCUUUCUAUCAUAUGCGUAUAAGACACAUGGUGGGACAUGGGGCAUGUAACACUUGCAGCCAAUCUGUUGUAA